CUCAGCUUAUUACAGGCCUGAUUAGCUGUAAGGAGAUUAGAAGCGCAGGUUAACAGCCGCCUCAAAACACUUUUUCUCAGCCGCAAUAUUUGCUUCACGGUUCUGAAACUGUGGCAGAACUCAGCCGACCCCGAGGAUGGUGGGGAGUCGGAGGGAAGACCGCCAGGCAGCCAGAUGUCUGACAGCUUUACGUGGACGAGCACUCACAUCCUGGUUGUGUCUUGGAGUUGUGGACUGCAGUCAAGAGAACCUAAAAUACCUCACUAAGCUCCUUAUGUCGCUGUGCAGAGAGCAGCCACCGGCCUUCCUCCUCUGUCCUCCAGCUUCCCUGUGAAGAAGCCCACCCUGGACCCUGACCUCUGAGCCUCUCAGACCCCUGCAGACUGGAUGCAAGGGCAACGACACAGAUUGUACGAGCAACCAGAGCCAAUAAAUACCAAAUAUGGGCAGCAGGUGAAACCGGAUUGGGUAAAACCAUUUGGGAAGGACCAACCACUCAAGAGUUGAUGGGUUUUUAAUGCAGCGCCUAGUGGUCAUUAGUGGGACAGCACCUUAAGGAACUCCCAUUUUUGGCCAUGUUUACGGCCACUUGGACGUGACACACGUAAGAACCACAGGACCGACAUGGCAGUCGGUAAAGUGACCUUCACCAAGGUGGAGCGGGAGAAACUAGCUGAGGUCCUUUGGCUGCUCAACUGGAUAUCUGUGCUGACGGGGGCGAUCCUCUUUGGUCUCGGUUUGUUCCUCAAAGUAGAGAUUCAGAAAUGGCAGGAAGUGAUGUCAGAGCAGGGGAUCCUCUACGUGCCACAUACGCUGAUCACCACAGGCCUGGCAGCCUGCUGUAUCAACUUCCUGGGGGGGAAGAUCUGCCUGGAUUGCGCAGACACCAACAAGUUCCUGCGCUGGAAGCUGGUGAUGAUGCCAUACGUCGUUUGCACCUUCUUCUUCACCUCCUGUGUCCUGGCGGGGGCCCUCAUGUGCUACAGCAUCCGCAGCCAGCUGGAGGAGUCGCUGUUCCUGGGUCUGAGGAACGCCAUGCGGUACUACAAGGACACGGACACGCCAGGCCGCUGCUACCUGAAGAGGACUCUGGACUUGCUGCAGAUUCAGUUCCAGUGCUGUGGGAACACUGGGUACCGGGACUGGUUCCAGGUCCAGUGGAUCAGCAACCGCUACCUGGACAUGACCAGCAGCACUGUGGUGGAUCGUCUGAGGAGUAAUGUGGAUGGGAAGUACCUGAUGGAUGGCGUUCCCUUCAGCUGCUGCAGCACCUUCUCCCCUCGGCCAUGCAUCCAGCAGCAGGUCAGCAACAGCUCAGCCCACUUCAACUACGACCAGCAGAGCCAGCAGCUGAACCUGUGGAGGAGGGGCUGCCGACAGGCCCUGAUGGACCACUACACCAGCAUCAUGCAGUCCAUCGGCCUUACCGUGCUCCUCAUCUGGCUGUUUGAGCUGCUGGUUCUGACUGGAGUCCGCUACCUGCAGACAGCCAUGGAGAACGUUCUGCGACUGGGUGAUCCGGACUCAGAGUCUGAUGGUUGGAUUCUGGAGAACAGUCUAGCAGAAACGGCGCGGUCCAACUUCAACGUCAUCAAGAACCUGGGGAAGUGUUACCAGGUCGAUGACGAUCCCAACAUCAACGUCCCGACCGCUGCCGCCGAGCAGGAGUUGCCAUCCCAGCAGGUCCAACCCCUGUGACCAGCCAGCAUCCAGCCUGAAAGACCAGGACGAGCUGGAAAAUCUCGGUUCAGGGUCUGAAGUGAUGCUCUGUUGAUCUGGCUCCUGGAGGAGCAAAGAUUUCUGCCUUUUAUAAAGUUUCAAAAAGUUUGGAAUGAACUAUGAUGAACUACCAGAUUUGUACCUUUUGGUGUUUUUGGUGCUUUUGAAGGUUAGAUUUGCAGCAAAGGAAACAAACAGCACUCUGCUUCCUGUCUCGUGGGGAUGCAACCACAGUGACCAUUAGUUUGCUCGGUCUCAUCAGUUCACAUUUUAUAUCAGAGUCAUAUGCAUGCAUACAGUACAGAGGUCCAGUACAUGGUUAGCCUAGCUCCAUUUAAUAAAUCAAUCAGUGUGAGUGUGUCUGUUGUCUCUGAUUUCUCUGAAUAAAUAUCACAAUUCAGUACUCCC